AUGUUUGGCUCUCAAAGAAGGGGAUUGCGCACUCGGCUUCUGCUGCUGUCAUUUCUGCUGCUCACAGUCUGGGAAGCUGGGAGCGGCCAGGUCCACUACUCAGUCCCGGAGGAGGCCAAACACGGCACCUUCGUGGGCCGCAUCGCCCAGGACCUGGGGCUGGAGGUGACUGAACUGGUGCCGCGCCUUUUCCGAGUGGUGUCCAAAGGCCACGGGGCCCAUCUGGAGGUAAAUCUGCAGAAUGGCAUUUUGUUUGUGAAUUCUCGGAUCGACCGGGAGGAGCUGUGCGGACAGAGAGCUGAGUGUAGCAUCCACCUGGAGGUGAUCGCGAACAGGCCGCUGCAGGUUUUCCAUGUAGAAGUGGAAAUAAAGGAUAUUAACGACAAUCCGCCGGUGUUCUCUCUCAGAGAACAAAAGCUGCUGAUUUCUGAAUCUAAGCAACCUGACUCUCAUUUUCCUCUAGAGGGAGCUUCUGAUGCAGAUAUAGGAGAGAAUGCUCUAUUGACCUAUAGACUAAGUCAAAAUGAGUAUUUUUCUUUAGAACUACCAACACAUAGUAAGCAGACUAAAAGACUGUCGCUUAAAUUAAAGAAAUAUCUGGACCGAGAGAAAACUCCAGAACUUAAUUUGCUACUGACAGCUGCAGACGGAGGAAAACCAGAGCUAACCGGCACUGUUCAGCUUUUCAUCCAAGUCUUGGAUAUUAAUGACAAUGAUCCGGAAUUUGAGCAAUCAGAAUACAAGGUGAGAUUGAUGGAAAACGCAGCUAAAGAAACUUUUGUGAUAAAGCUAAACGCCACAGAUCGAGAUGAAGGAAUCAAUGGAGAGGUAACAUACUCCUUAAUGGCAGUUAAGCCCAAUGGAAAAUUCUUAUUUACACUAGAUGAAAAUAGCGGAGAAAUGAGGGUCAAUGGAACAUUAGAUUAUGAAGAAAACAAGUUUUAUGAAAUUGAAGUACAGGCCACAGAUAAAGGGAAUCCCCCAAUGGCAGGUCACUGUACAGUCUGGGUAGAGAUCUUAGAUGCCAAUGAUAAUGCUCCUGAAGUCACCGUGACUUCGCUGUCUCUCCCAGUACGAGAGGACACUCAGCCUAGCACGGUCAUUGCGCUGAUCAGUGUAUCCGACCGUGACUCUGGCGCCAACGGGCAGGUGGCCUGCUCACUAACACCCCAUGUUCCCUUCAAGCUCGUGUCCACCUUCAAGAACUAC